AUGCAAUUUUUGCUCAUAAUCAUCGUUCUUGCUUUUCUAGAAGUUCCUUAUUGCUAAUGGUCAAUCUAUACAAGUUUGUUAAAUUCAAAUUCAUUAUUUACCUAAAAAACUGGCCAAUAUGCAUCUUAAUAAUCAGGAUCCUUUUUAUAACUAAAUACACAAACCACGGCCCAUUUUAUAACUUGCACUACUCAAUAAACAAGCUAUAUUACUUUAAAUAAUAAUUAUCCUAGUGUUCAAACAGAUUAAACCUAUUUCAUAAAAAAUGGAUUUUUUGUAGCUUUUGAUUUAUAUUUUCAAGGUACUUGGGAAAAUCAAGUAGUAAAAUUUUAAUUUGGUUCAUUUGAAUACUAAUAUUAGUAUGAAUCACCAUCAGUUUAUCCAAUAAAUUAUGCAUUUUGUGAUAACAAAGAAGCUGGUGUAAAAACAGUAAAUUUUACAAUAUCAACUUCUUAUUAUGAAUAGAUUUAGUUUACAUCACUCAAUACUGGUACUGGGUAAGUUUCAAUCAGAAAUUUGCAUGUGUCGUAUUUUAAAUGUUUUCCAUCAUGUUCCUAUUGUAAUGGUCCUGGAUUCUAAUAUUGCACAAGUUGCUAUUUCCAAACACCCACUAAUGGAAUUUGCCCCACUUGUCCAACAAAUUAAUAUUAUAUGAAAUACACAGGAUGCAAACUAAUUUGUGAUAUAAGUUCCUCUUUUUUUUAAGGAGGGUUUUGUCAAAAUUAUCCAAGUAAAUUUAAAAUUAAAAUAUCUUAGUUCAAACCUUUGUAUCUACUUAAUUUACAUCAAUCAAAACCCCAGAAAAUUUAAAAUGGUCUUUAAUUCUUGAUUCACAACAUAUUGAUAAUACUUUACUUCCAAAUAUUUACUUCUAAUAUUAAUAUAUUUAUGGAAUUUUUAAAUAUAAUUCGGGGGUCUAUAGAUUUAUAAAUGAAUUAUCAACUAAUUAUGCAACUUAUUCUAUUGGAUUAAAAAUUACAUUAUUUACAUUCAAUGAAAUUCCACUAGAUUGUGGAAUUCACAUUAAAAUUAUAGAUUAAUUAAAUUUAUAAUGA